CGUGCCCCUGUUUUGAGACGCCUUCGAGCGCUCACGGUACUCAAGCCGCCCCAGAACUCGAACAACUCCAGCAAAUAAAGCGGACAUGUUUAUGGUGCUUUGGAAUUACAUUUCUCAACGACUGAGCCGUGAGUUAAAGAGGACUUUUGGUGGCCUUGUCAUCCGAAGAAGCCUUAGCUAGCCCAGCAUGGCUGUCUGGGCGUCACUUGGGCACAAGUGGCCAACGUGUUGGCUCCUGAUUGGGCUUCUGGUUGUCUUAUUCCGACCCUCGUCGUGUCAAAAUGGAACCGUGGUGCAGUGCGAGAAAACCCAGGUAUCGCUCGCUUGUGACACGCAUAUCAAUGUGUUAUCCGCUUUAUACGGACGGAUUGGAAUGGGGGUGGAUGAUGAUAUUUGCCCGGCUGGGACCCUGACUCCCUGCGGUGAUGCAGAUGUCUCACUCAGCUCUGUCCAGAGCUUAUGCCAAGGAAUGUCAACGUGCACAUUCACCGCAAGUAACGCUAACUUCGGUGGUGAUCCGUGCAGUGGAACUGGAAAGUACCUCCGUGUUAACUAUACAUGCGAAUUUACAGGAAUCACGGAGCAGUGCGAAAAUAGCCAGGUAUCACUCGGUUGUGACGAGGUUAAUACUAUCGAUGUGUUAUCUGCACUAUACGGACGGAUUGGAAUGGGGGUGGAUGAUGAUAUUUGCCCGGCUGGGUCCCUGAUUCCCUGCGGUGAUGCAGAUGUCUCACUCAGCUCUGUCCAGAGCUUAUGCCAAGGAAUGUCAAAUUGCACAUUCACUGCAAGUAACGCUAACUUCGGUGGUGAUCCGUGCGGUGGAACUGGAAAGUACCUCCGUGUUAACUAUACAUGCACAGACCAGGAUCCUCCGUCCAUCGUGUGUCCAUCCAAUGCCACAGUCUACGUAGAGCGCGACGAGUUGUUUGCGUACCGGCCAUUCCCUACCAACUACAAUGCUUCGGACAACUCUGGAAGUUACGAUGUUAUGAUCUACGAUACAGGGGCUAUUCAAGGCCCCUACACCCCCGGAUCAUUGUACAACUUCUCUCUCAGUGCGAGCCCUUAUACGUGGUUCUAUGUGGCUUCUGACGCAGCUGGGAACGAGGAUAACUGCACUGUACAGAUCUACGUUGUACCAGCUCCCACUGUCACGAUUUGGUGUCCACAACCGGCAACAGGCAACACAGAUAAUGGGCAGAGUUUCUCAUCUACAAUCGUCCUGGAACCGUCUGAACCUGUUGCCACGCACGAUUUAGAAGAUGGCUCUUCAGUGGUCACUGUGGUUACCAACAUAUCGUGUACCAUCAACGACGGUAGUAAUAUAACUCUAUCAGGAUCACCUCAGUAUGAGUAUGGCGUCAACAACAUCACAUGCACGGCAUAUGAGAAUUCAACGCAAACGCAGGACUCUUGCACAUUCCAAGUAACUGUGACGGAUCCUGAGCCUCCUAGCUUACAGAACUGUCCUGCAAAUCUACAGUUCGACACGGACCUUGGUAAUAAUACUGCAACUGUCAACUGGACACUACCUACAAUCACUGAUAAUGUUGACUACGGGACAAGCCUGUCAGCAUCCCAUCAGUCUCCAGCUGCAUUUGGUGUGGGAGUGACGACAGUUAACAUCCGUGGAUUCGAUGCAGCGGGCAACGAAGCUGCUACUGAAUGUGAAUUUAAUGUUACUGUAACAGAUAAUGAAGAUCCAAUUCUCAUGUGUCCAUCCGACCAAGUUGUGAAUGCAACCAGAGCAGCUGAGUUGUUUCUGAAUGUUUCUGCCUUUGAUUUUGUCGACGGGAACAUCACCCCUGUGUGCAUAGAUGUAUUGACAGGCAUGACAAUUGCUAUCCCGAUCAGUCAAGAGUUUCCACCAGGUACAAAUCCAGUAAAUUGUACGGCCAUUGAUGCACAAGGCAACAUGGAUGAGUGCGCAUUUAACGUGACGGUAAUUGAUGAUGCACCCCCAAAUAUCACGUGUCAGGAUGUAAGCGUUGAUGCGAUGCCUGGGAUGAAAAAUGCUACAGUGAAUUAUGUGAUUACUGUGGAGGAUGAAGACGAUGUCACGGUGGUUUGUGACACUAUGAAUGGUACUGUUUUCGAUUUCGGUGAAGCCAUCGUCAGUUGCAAUGCUACUGAUGCAACAGGCAACACUGCAAUGUGCAGCUUCACUGUGUCCGUUAAUGACGUUGAGCCCCCAGUGAUUGCUAACUGCCCUAUGAACAUUAUGGAUGCAACGGCAGAGAUGUAUUACAAUGUUUCCUGGGCUCCUCCAAACGCCACUGAUAACUGCGAUUCCCCUAGCGAGAUCAACGUGACGUCGACUCAUUACCCAGGAGAUUCCUUCCUUGCAGGGAGUGAUACAGAAGUGACGUAUACGUUCACAGACACUUCCAACAAUAGUGCUGUUUGUAACUUCACUGUAUCUGUUACAGAUGUUGGUAUUCCUGAAUUCAUCACUUGUCCAGAAACCGUGGAGUUCGUACUUGAUCCAGGACGUGACAUGGCACUUGUGAAUUAUGCCACGCCAAUCGUCCAGGAUAAUUCCUUAGAAAUGAUUGUACCACAGGCCAACCCUAAUCUAAUGCUUCCAGUUCUUCUACCGUAUGGUCAAAUGAGUGUCAAGUAUACUGCCGUAGAUGCAGCUGGUGGUAACGCUGAUCCGUGUGUGAUCCUAAUCAUCGUGAAGGACGAAGAGGAUCCAGUGAUUACCGACUGUCCAGAGUCCGUGUACAACCUGACCACCGAACCAGGUCUGAAUACAGCAGCCUACAACUGGACCGAACCAAUGGCAACGGAUAAUGUCGAGCUGGUCUCGUUUAAUUCAACUCGCGAGAAUAACGGUUCCCUGCCCAUAGGAAACAUCACCAUCCGCUACACAGCGAUAGAUCCAGCAGGCAACAUGGCCAUUUGUGAAUUUGAGCUGCGUGUCUUGGACUUGGAGCCUCCUGAGGUAUUGUCAUGUCCAAAUGACACAGCUGUAUCAACUAAUCCAGGCAGUAAUAUGUCCUAUGUGAAGUUUGUGACGGCAAUUGACUUUGACGACAACGACCGAAUUGAGUCUGUGGUCAUGUCGCACAGGUCAGGCUCACUUUUCAUCGUGGGGAACACGACCGUGCUAAACACGGCCACAGACGCCUCCGGAAAUGAGGCCGUUUGCACCUUUCUGGUUACAGUUACAGAUGAAGAGUCGCCCGUCUUUUCAGGCUGUGAGAAUAUCACGAUUGCCACAAAUCCUGGUAUGCCAGGCGAUAACUAUACCACUGUCAAUUGGCCAGGGAUUAACGUCACUGAUAAUGUUGGUGUCGUUAACAUGACCAGCAGCCACAUGGAAGGCAGUGUUUUCCCUGUGGGCGAGACCGGCGUUGACCUUACUGCAGAGGAUGCGGCAGGCAAUGUUGGCCGAUGCUCGUUUCUCGUCACGGUCGUUGAUCUUGAAGCUCCGACUGUGAUGGGUUGUCCGAUGGAGGUUGUCAACACGACGGAUUUCAGGGUGAGCUCUUCCGUCGUUUACUGGCAGGAACCAGUCAUCACCGAUAACGUUGGCGUUACCAACAGCAGCAGCUCUCAUGUGCCGGGCGAUGUGUUUCCAGUAGGCAACACGACCGUUACUUACACGGCCAUAGACGACGCUGGAAAUGUUAACAUGAACUGCUCCUUUGUUGUUACGGUUGAAGAUGAUGAGCCUCCACAGUUGAUGUGUCUUAGUCUCAUUGUCGCUAACACUACCGACAACCAAAAUUCUUCCCUUGUCUUCUGGCCGGAGCCUAUGGUUUCUGACAACGUCGGAGUCAUUGGCAAUGAAAGCUCACAUAGUUCUGGUGAUGUGUUUCCGUUGGGAAAUACUUCCGUAACUUACAACUUCACAGACGAGGCAGGGAAUGAAGCCAGUUGUACCUUUGUUGUUCAAGUUGUGGACAACGAGGCGCCGGUCAUCAUGAAUUGCCCAGCCGAUGCAGUCAACACCACCGCACCAGGUCAGAACUCCAGCGCCGUCCACUGGUCUGAACCAUUGUUGGAUGACAACGUUGGAAUUGUGGUCAGCAAUCAGAGCCACAGUCCAGGCGAUGUGUUUCUGUUUGGCAACACCACCGUAACUUACACCGUCGCAGAUGAGGCAGGAAACACGAAUGAAUGCGUAUUUAUCGUCGAAGUUAUAGAUGACGAAGAUCCGACGGUUACUACUUGUCCAGGUCAUGUGGUCAACGGCACAGAUCCUGCGAUAUCCACGUCCGUUGUCUACUGGCAAGAACCUACCUUUGCGGACAAUGUCGGAAUCGAUGAUGUCAUCAGCACGCACAAUCCAGGCGAUGUGUUUGAUUUGGGAAAUAGCACGGUGACCUACACAGCUACUGACACAUCUGGAAAUACGGCCAUCUGCUCAUUUGUUGUCACUGUAGAAGAUGUUGAAGCUCCAGUGAUCGCCAGCUGUAUGGAUGUUACCAUAGAAACAGACACUGGGCUAGCCACAUCCACUCAGUCAUGGAUGUUCCCUGAAGCUACGGAUAAUGUUAACGUGACGAUGAACAGCUCCUCCCAUCAACCGGGAGAUACUUUGCCCCUAGGUCCAACGGGUGUGACGUACAUCGUGUACGACGCAGCUGGAUUGAACGCAACCUGCGACUUUGACGUAAUCGUGGAAGACAAUGAAAUGCCCAACAUCACAAACUGCCCUGUAGAUGUCACCAUUAACGCCACUGACUCGGCAGCCUUGGCCGUCUACAUGUUCUCUACGCCUACCUGCACUGACAACACUGGGGCUGUCACUGUGACAAACUCUAAGUUUAACAACGACAUGUAUCCCAUUGGUGAUACGUCGGUCACUAUUGCGUGUUUCGACGAAGCAGGAAACAACGACCGUUGCUUAUUCACGAUCACCGUUCAAGAUGUGACGCCACCGCAACUAGGCCGUUGUCCUGACAACCAGGAAGCCUUCGCUGAUCCUGGCAUGAAUGUCACCGUCAACUGGACACAUCCCUUGGCUAUGGACAACAGUGGAUCUGUCAAUUUGACCUCGGAUUACAGCCCUGGAGAUGCUUUCAUGAACGGUACCUACGUCGUCACGUACACGGCAGAGGAUGCUGAUGGCAAUUCAGUCAGCUGUAACUUCACCGUUACUGUGUACUCCAGCGAUUAUGAGUCUCCAAUGGUAGUUACCUGUCCUAACGACACGGUCCUGCCAGCGGAGGUUGAUUCCAAUUCCACCGUCGUCACCUGGCCGGCACCUGUCAUCACCGACAAUGUGGGUGUGACAAGGUUGGACUUAUCACACCCUAAUGGUUCGCUGUUCUACAUCGGACCCAUGAAGGUUCGCUACACGGCAUAUGAUCUAGCUGGUAACAGAGCUAGCUGCAAUUUCACUGUGACUGUUGAAGAUACCCAAGCCCCAGUUCUUGUCAAUUGUUCGGAGGACAUCACAGCAUUUACUGGUGCCAUGUCUACCCAAAAUGGCAUUAAUCUGACCUUGGACACACCGGUGGUCAUUGAGAAUGACAUGUAUACGCUGGACCAGCAGCCUAAUCCGGGACAUCUGUACACAGUUGGAAACACCACAGUGCGAUUCACUGUCCGUGAUCCAAGCCGUUUAAACGACAGCUGCGAGUUUGUCGUCACUGUUGUAGACAACACCCCUCCAAAUUUCCCAUCCUGCCCGAGUAGUGCCGAUGUCCCAACAGACCCCGGUGUUGCAUUCGCUAACGUCACCUGGAUGGAACCAGUUGCUAUGGACAACGUUGGCGUUGUCUACUACACCAACACGUCAUUGCCAGGGACCAUCGUUAACUUGGGGGAGAUGCUGGAGGUUGUGUAUGUGGCACAUGAUGCGGCAGGAUUGAAUGCUACCUGUCGGUUCAACUUCACGGUUAUUGAUGAGGAGGAUCCCGUUAUCAUGAAUUGUUCUGGAGUUGUCGUAGCUAACGCGACAGUCAAUGAAUCCGACGCUCAAGUUUUCUGGACCCCGCCGACCGCUGUGGACAAUUCUGGUGUGGUGACGCUUACUGUGACCAAGAGCCCAGGCACGAUGUUUGAUAUUGGAACCACUGGAGUUACCUACGUCGCGAUUGAUGAUGCCGGCUUAACCGACGUUUGCAUGUUUGACGUCAUUGUUCAAGAUGUGCAAGAUCCAGUAAUAACCAUGUGCCCCAGUGACAUCUAUAGGUUCACCUAUCCCGGCACCAACAUAUCAGUCGUCUGGGCUCCCCCUAUGGCACAGGAUAAUUCAGGAAGUGUGACUUUAACUUCUAAUUACAAUUCUGGAGAUGAGUUUUACAACGGCACAUACACUGUGAUUUACACAGCGAUGGACGAGUCUGGCAACAUGGCAGAGUGUACCUUCGUUGUCCAAAUCAAUUCCACGGAUACCCAGCCGCCAAUGAUCUACUGUCCAGCCGACAUCAGCCUUCCUGCUGACAACGGGAGUGAUUCCACCGCAGUAACGUGGCUGCCACCACCAUACAUGGACAAUAACAGAGUGGUAUCCGUCAAUGUCACUCGGCAAAACGGCAGCUUGUUCUACAUCGGAUCUGAAAUCGUGGUGUAUACGGCUUAUGAUGUUCUCUCCAAUAGUGAUUCCUGCAACUUCACUGUGACCGUUCUAGACGAUCAAGAUCCAGUGAUUGCCAACUGUCCCAGUGAUGUCAGCAGCAUGACUGAUCCAGGUCAGCCAGACGCAACCAUCUCAUGGAUUGCACCGAUGAUCUCAGAUAACUCCAGGUCCUUCAAUGUUGACCUGUCUCAUCCCAACGGAUCAGCGUUUCCUGUCGCAGUCACAGAAGUGACUUACCGCGUCACUGAUAAUUCCUCCAAUUCGGCCAUGUGCUCAUUCAACGUCACAAUCACAGAUGAUGAGGAUCCAAUGUUCGAUUGUCCUUCGGACUUCACUAACGAAACUCUACCUGGACAAAGCACUGGCACAUUCUCCGUGCCAUUCGUGGUCAUGGAUAACGUCAAUGUGACAUUCCAGAACUUCACACACCAACCUGGUGACGCGCUUGGUUUGGGAAUGACGAAUGUUGUGUAUUACGCUCGGGAUGCUGCUGGUAACGAGGCUUUCUGUCGAUUCACCGUUACAAUCGAAGAUAAUGAGAAACCCCAGAUCCUAAACUGUACAUCAGAUGUGUAUGCCAAUGCCAGCCGAGGAUCCAAUAUGGCGUCUGUCAUGUGGCCCCAACCCACGGCAACCGACAAUUCUGGCUUCGUCACGCUGACUGACGACAUUCCUCGGAAUAAUAUGUUUCCAAUCGCUGAUGUCGUCGUGACCUAUGGUGCGAUAGACAGCGCAGGAAAUGUGGAAACCUGUAAGACCACUGUGCACGUCUCUGAUGUUGAAGAUCCCAUGGUCGUAUGUCCAGAGAACGUGGAAGCUUUUGCCGACAACGGUACCACGAUUCGUCUGAACUGGACCAUGCCAACAGCCAGUGAUAACUCAGGAAUCUUCACUGUGACUUCGUCUCAUCCGCAGAAUUCGGAGUUUCCCCUCGGCCCUACAGAUAUCACCAUCACUGUCAUCGAUUCGUUUGGCAAUGGAGUCAACUGCACCUUCAGUGUUAUUGUCUAUCCCACGGACCCGGAGCGUCCUAUCAUCAUAUGCCCUGCCCACGUGACUGGCAUUGCCGACCUAGGAACAAACUCCACUAACGUGACUUGGGACCUUCCUGAGUACCGGGAUAAUGAGGAGGUGAUCGUUGUUGAGGUAGAUUAUCUGAACGGUAGUCUUUUCUCCGUCGGAAACACCCCGGUCACAUACUUCAUUGCCGACCGCGUGGGAAACAACGCAUCUUGCAGUUUUAAUGUGACUGUUUUUGAUAACCAGUGCUCAAGUGAGCCGUGUUGGAAUGGAGGUAGUUGUGUUGCUUCUUCGACGGGAUUUACUUGCAUUUGUGCUGCUCCAUUCAUUGGAUUAUACUGUGAAUCCCAGAGCCAUCCCCAUGACUUGGUCUUUGUGGCAUCUGCGAGUCCUGCAGGCAUUUAUGUCGCGCCCACGGACACCUUCAAUUUCACUCUCAUCCCGGGUUUAGAUGCUAGCCAUGUCAACAUAAGUCAACCCAUCGCCAUUGACUACGACCCAGUAGAGCGCAUGGUGUAUUGGACCGAUGUCACCUUGGAUGUUAUAGCCCGGGCCUUUUUAGACGGGAGUGGAGUAGAAGUUGUCGUUAGGGAUCUACGAUCCCCUGGUGGUUUGGCACUUGACAUUGAGAAUCAUGUGAUGUAUUGGACGGAUGAAGAUAGUGAUCUGAUCGAGAGAGCUACUUUGGAUGGUCGGGAACGAUCAGUGGUCUUCAACUUGACAAACUCUUCCCUCGCAGAUGUGGAACCAAGGGCGAUUGUAGUCGAUCCUACUAACAGUCAUUUGUACUGGACAGACUGGGGUACCAUACCAAAGAUUGAAAGAGCUGGCACAGACGGGUCAGGUAGUCGCGUACUUAUCGAUACUGACAUAAAGAGGCCGAAUGGUGUAGCCCUCGAUUUGGAAGGGGGAAGGCUAUACUGGUGUGAUUCUUAUUUCAAUGUCAUUGAAUCCUCGGAUCUUUUGGGCCAGGAUCGGACUAUUCUUGUCCAAUCCACAACAAGCUUGCAAAAAUUUGAUCUCUUCGUCUACUAUAACUUUAUCUACUGGACCGAACGGAGACGUUCCAGCAUUCAGCGUGUUGAGGCUUCAGGAAGGCUUCUAGGAGGUCAUGGCUCAGACAGUUUUGGUACCCCUUAUGGAAUUCAUAUAUUCAAAGCUGAGGAUGUUCCCCUGUUAGUCAACUGCCCAAGUAACAUAGAGUUGUACCUGUACAAUGGUAGCAGCAACGCCACGGCUUACUGGACUGCGCCAACGGUGACUGAAUACAGUGGUAAUGUUACUCUGGAUCAGCAGUAUGUCUCGGGAGACCAAUUUCCGUUUGGUGUCACAGAAGUUGUAUUGAAUGCUAGCACUGAGGCAGGCAACACGGCAAGUUGCUUGUUUAACAUCACUGUCAUCGAUGAGUCCCCACCUAUCAUACUCAAUUGCCCCGGUGGUCAGAUGGCUGUAUCCGAUGACGUGGCAUCCUUGCCAAACGUGUCAUGGCCACCUGUCAAUGCCACUGACAACAUUGAAGUUGCGUCUGUCAUUCCGUCACAAGCACCCGGUACUUCGUUCCCAGUCGGUACCACGCACGUUUCCUAUACCGCCACAGAUACUUCAGGGAACACCAAUGUGGAUACUUGUGAAUUCUACGUCGUAGUCACUGAUUCUGCAGCUCCAGAGUUUGUGAAUUGUCCCACCGACAUCACCGUCCCUAACGACCCUGGCAUGGGAGGUGCCAGCGUCAAUUGGACGGAACCAACAGCCAUUGACAAUGACAAUGUCACUGUCUUUGAAUCGACCCAUAAACCCAAUGACAACUUCACGCUGGCAAUGACGGAAGUGACGUAUACGAUCUUCGACACUGCUGGGAAUAAUAACACAUGUUCCUUCAUCGUUACAGUGAAUGAUAUGGAAGCCCCUGUCUUCGUUAACUGUCCGAUCAACGUCACCACGGAAACCCCACCUGGAAGCAACAUGGCCGCCGUCACCUGGGAACCAUUGGUUGCUAUUGACAACAGCGGUGCGGCGAUAUCGCCAUCAAGUGCCAGCAGACCUGGCGAUUCCUUCGCUAUCGGUACCCAUCCUGUCAUGUUCGUUGCAGUCGAUCCAGAUAAUAACAUUGGACGCUGCAAUUUUGACAUCAUAGUGGUUGAGGGGGAUGCUCUGAUGAUAGCAUGUCCAGCCGAUGUGUCUCAACCCACUGACCAAGGAGCCAAUAGUACCAUCGUGACGUGGCCUGCGCCGAUGUAUAACAGCAGUAUGAUGGCAAGUCUUACGUCCACUCAUCCUGUCAACAGUUCAUUUGAGGUUGGGCGGACCGUGGUCGUGUACACCAUAACGGGACGGGGCGGAAAGAAUGCCAGCUGUGAUUUCUCUGUGACUGUUACAGAUGAUCAAAGCCCAGUCUUGACUGGAUGUUCACCGCCCGUCUCUGGUAACACCUCCCCCAGCCUGUCCACCGGUACCACCUUCUGGUCUUCCCCAACAGCCAACGACAACGUCGGCGUUACCAACUUGACAUCGAACUAUGCUCCUAAUGAGCCGUUACCGAUUGGCCCUACCAACGUCAUCUACACAGCUGUGGAUGCUGCAGGCAAUUCAGUCAACUGCUCAUUUGUAGUCACUAUCCAGGACAACGAGGACCCAAUGUUCACCUUUUGCCCAAUGAGCAUGGAGUUUAACACCGACGGAAACGGCGCUAUCGUUGUACCAGCCAUCGGCAUGCCAAACGUGACAGAUAAUGCUGGUCCACCAAUGAUGACGAGCGAUUACAACGUGACAACGCUUGCUGUUGGUUCCUCAACACUUGUAACAUUCAGUGCCAUCGAUGACAGCGGCAAUGUUGCAACUUGCGCAUUCAACAUAACAAUCGUUGAUGCAACACCACCAGUGAUUCCGGACUGUCCCGGGGACAUGGUCAUUCCAACAGAUGUAGGAUUACCGACAGCGCUAGCUAACUGGACCCAGCCUACUGCUACAGACAACGAUGUCAUUGUCAGCUUUGAACCUGACAUUGACCUGCAAACACCCUUAAUGCUGGGCACAACUGAAGUCACUUAUGUCGCUACAGAUGCUGAGGGUUUGACUGCGGAGUGCAAGUUUAACGUCACCGUGGAAGACCAGGAAAAGCCAGUGAUAUCCAGUUGCCCGAUCAAUUCACUUGGCACCAAUACUCCGGGAGCUAGUAAUGGCAGCGUGUUUUGGAUUGAACCGACGGCUGAAGACAACGUCGGAGUGAUCAACCUCACUUCUAAUUACAAACCCUAUGACGUGCUUCCGGUCGGCACAACGGAAAUCGUCUAUGAAGCUGUGGACGCCGCUGGCAAUGUUGAAAUGUGCCGCUUCAACGCGAUCAUUUCAGAUAUUGAGGCGCCGGUCUUCACGUUUUGUCCAGCCAAUUUUGAGAUCCCAACCGGGGCAAACGGCUCCCAUGUUAUUCCAACUUGGCCCAUGCCCGUUGCGACGGAUAAUGCUGGCCCAUUGAACGUAACCAAUGAUUACAGCGGUCUGCCGUUAAUGGUUGGCACAGUAACGACGAUCACAUACACUGCUGUAGAUGACUUCAGUUUAAUGGAUACGUGCUCAUUUAAUAUAACAGUCGUAGAUGGAACCCAACCAGAAAUUACUGGUUGCCCUGAUGAUGUGACUGUUCCUAACGCUCGAGGCUUAGCGACGGGCCAAGCCAACUGGACAGCCCCCACAGCCGAUGACAAUGUGGGAGUCGUCAAUUUCACAACUAACUACAACUCUGGAGAAAUGUUUGACAUCGGAACAACUGAGGUCACCUACAUUGCCACAGACGAGCGUGGAUUGGUCGCCGUUUGUCAGUUUAAUGUCACUGUAGAGGAUACCGAAGCACCAGUCCUCAUGAAUUGUCCCAGCAGCCUGGCAGGCUCCACCAGUCCAGGCAAGCCCAACGCCACCGUGUCCUGGCCCAAUCCCACAGCCUCGGAUAACUCCGGGAGUGGCAUGAUCUUGGACUCCACCUAUUCACCUGGUGAUACCUUCCCUAUCGGUCAAACCAUCGUUGUCUACACGGCCACCGAUCCUAGCGGCAACUCUGUCAACUGCUCAUAUCGGGUGAUUGUCAUGGAUUACGAGGUUCCUGUUUUCACUUUCUGCCCGGAGGAUCUAACGCUGAACUUGGAGAAUGUUGGAGAUUUAUCUAUCGUUCCAUCAUGGGACACUCCCGUUGCUACCGACAACGCUGGACCCCCCAACGUAACCACUGACUACAUGGGCGAAGCUUUUGCUGUGAAUACGACCACUACGGUGACCUACACGGCUGUCGAUUCAUCAGGCAAUCCCAACACCUGUAGCUUCACUGUCACCAUUGCUGACGCUGUUGCUCCCAAGAUUGUAAACUGCCCGGCCAGUUUUGUCGUUAACACCACUGAAGGGAUGGACAAUGGUGUGGCUAGCUGGACAGCACCUACGGCCACAGAUGACCAGGAACUGGUCAGUUUUGUGGCCAGUCACACCUCGCCGCUGACCCUUCAAGUUGGAGAGUUAGUGGUCAACUACACGGCUACCGACAACCAGGGCUUGGUCACAGUCUGUGAAUUCACCAUCACAGUGCAAGAUGCUGAAGAUCCAGUUAUCACUGGCUGUCCACUCACUACCAUUGCAACUCUAGCCCCUGGUGCAGCCACCGCUAACCCAUUCUGGAUCCCACCGAUGGCGACCGAUAACGUUGGCGUUGAGUCGUUUGAUUCUAAUGCUAAUCCCAACGAUCCAAUGCCUGCUGGUACAAAUCCAGUGACGUACACAGCCACUGACGCUGCAGGGAACAUAGCAAUAUGUAGCUUCAAUGUCGUCGUUUCCGACAACGAGGUGCCAGUUUUCACUUUCUGUCCGGAAUCUCUGGACUUCCCGACGUCAACCAAUGGUUCUUAUGCCGUGCCGUCAUGGCCGGCGCCGAACGCUACCGAUAACACCGGUGUGACAACUAUUACAUCUGAUUAUGAUGGUCAGCUGUUAGCUCUUGGAAGUACAACGCUGAUCGUUUAUACAGUAGAGGACGGUUCUGCUAAUACCGAUACUUGCAGUUUCAAUGUUACCAUCAUUGAUGGAACUCCUCCGACUAUCUUGAAUUGUCCGGCAAGUUUCACCGUGUCCAGUGAUGUCAGUCAGUCCAGCGGUCAAGCAAACUGGACAGAGCCGUUGGCCGAAGAUAACGUUGAAGUGGUCAGCUUUACGUCAGAUCGGAAUAGCGGAGAUUUCUUCCUGUUGGGUACGACACUCGUGACGUAUGUAGCCACGGAUCCAUCGGGCUAUGCUUCGGAGUGCAGCUUUAAUGUGACUGUUGGAGAUACCAUCAAACCAGUCAUCACCGGUUGUCCUGGCGAUAUCGCAGUGAAUGCUACACAAGCCCGUGUCGUUGACUGGACACCACCGACAGCGAUGGACAACGUCGCUGUCGUUAACGAGUCAGCAACACACCAGCCUAACGAAACCUUUGCACUUGGCAGUCAGACCACCGUCACGUACCGAUUUGAGGAUGAAGCUGGCAAUUUUGAAGAGUGCUCGUUCAUUGUCACUAUUUACAAUGCAACACUUGAUGAGGACCUACUGCCAAUGUUCGUGUCAUGUCCAUCAGACCAAGUCGUCCCCACUGAACCGGGACGUUACAAUGCAUCCGUCACAUGGUCGGUUCCCACGGCAACAGAUCGGGAAAGCAAUCCUACCGUUGUCGGAUCGCUCAACCCUGGUGAUGUCUUCAGCGUCAGCAAUACGUCUGUCACGUACACUGCUACUGAUUCCAAGGGUCAAACGGAUACAUGCGUCUUCUUUGUGACAGUCCAAGAUGAAGAGAGCCCCGUUCUAUCCAACUGCCCCUCAAGAAUGGAUGUUGUCAAGCCUCCGUCAGAUGCAAUGAUCGUUGUUGACUGGACUCCGCCAACAGUUACUGAUAACUCUGGUGUGGUGACCCUGACUCCAAACAAAGAGCCUGGUUCAAUGUUUGGCGCUGGUGAAAGUGUCAUCAUCUACACGGGGAUCGACGAGGCUGGCAACAUGGAGAGCUGUAACUUCACCGUCAAUGUUACAGGUGAUGUAGCGCCAGUCUUUGUGACGUGCCCGUCCAACAUCGUAACCAACACCACAUUCAAUGAAGCCUUUGCUACGGUUGUAUGGGCCGUGCCGGUAGCAGAGGAUGAUGUUAGCACGCCGAUCAUCGUGGAGGUGAACGGUUAUAACCCUGGCAGGCAGUUUUCGAUGGGAACAUGGACUGUGGAGUAUGUGGCAACAGACUCCGCCCAGCAGACAGCAACUUGCCAAUUCAACAUUACUGUCAUAGAUCGUGAAGAUCCGGUCAUUGAAGGCUGUCCAGCAGACAUCAACCGAGUCACUCUCAACAACGCACCAUUAACCAUCACCUGGACUCCACCUGUCGCGACAGACAAUUCUGGGGAGUAUACCCUGAUGGCUAACGACAAUCACAAACCAGGCGAGACUCUAAUGGUCGGAUCUUAUGACGUCAUCUACACUGUCAGGGAUCCUAGCAGCAACACGGACACUUGCGAGUUCACCAUUGUUAUUGAGAAUGAUGCUCCACCAGAGUUUGUCUCAUGUCCCCCGAGCUCCACUGUGCCUACCGAUCCUGGCCAGAACUACGCUACAGUCAGUUUCUCCUUCCCGACGCCGUCCGAUGAUCGUAGCAACCCACAAUUGGUUGGUAGCCAUGCUCCUGGCCACCAGUUUCCAAUCGGUGAUACAACGGUGACUUACACGGCCUACGAUUCACAAGGACAGUCUGCUGAGUGUGUAUUUGUCAUUACUGUCGAAGAUCGUGGAGAUCCAGUCAUCAUGAACUGCCCGGCGGGUCAAACCAUCCACAUCCUGUCAACAACUGACGUCGCAGCUGUUUACUGGACUCCACCGAUGGCCAAUGACACUAGCGCCCUCACACUGAGCUCUAACAAGAACUCUGGAGAUACAUUUGAGUCUGGCUCCACGCAGGUCAGGUAUACGGCCAUUGACUCCGCUGGAAACGCAGACACUUGCACUUUCUCCGUGCUUGUGCUUGAAACAAUCCCAUCGUACGAGACAGACGGUAGUGUGGAACUAGUCAGUAUUGCAUCCACGGCAAAACCAUUCAACGCAGGAUUCAUUCAGUCUAGUCAGGAUGUUCUAAGAGACGAUCUUGACAGACUUUUCCGUCGUAGUUCGGUCAGCAGUGACUUUGUCGGCAUUAGCUUGACGUCUACCUCAGUUGGUGGCGAUGAUCAGGCUAUCAUCGAAUUCCUUAUUUCCUUCACUGGUACUCCUGCUCCGAAUGAUACCGAGAUAUCAGCUGCAUUCUACGCUGCCUUGGUACCGACGUCGAAUGAGUUUGAUGACGGCAAUGAGGUCUCACCAAACACAUUCAUGCUGAGUUUGACUAGUUGUCCAGCAAUCCCUUGUGAUAACGGAGGCUCGUGUGUUCCUGACGGUAACUCCUUUGUCUGUAUGUGUACAGCCUUCUGGACGGGAGACUACUGCGCAGAAGAUGUGAAUGAGUGCGUUGUGAACAACCCGUGUGCCAUGGACAGAGUCUGCAUCAAUAUUGAAGGAAGCUACCUAUGUGGAUGUGCAGCUGGCUUCUUCCUGGUUGGAGAUACUUGCGUCCCAACAUCUCAGUUCAGCGGGUCGUUUGCUAUUACUCGUAUUGGCAGCUCGGAGGCAACGUUUACCUCAGAUCUUCAAGACCCGACAUCAGAGCAGUAUCAGAGGAUUGCUGGUGAUGUCACGACUGUGCUGGACGAUAUCUUCUCAGAUGAGAGUACAUACAUCUCAUCUAGUAUCGUCGGCAUGUCUAGUGGCAGCAUCAUGAUCCGAUAUGUCCUCACUUUCUCUGAAGACACCAGCAUGAAUGAGGACAUGGUUACUAGGCAGAUGAGUAACAGCGUCUCGGCCGACGGAGAGAUUGCAGGCAGCGCCCUCUAUAUAAGACCCUCGUCACUGACUUACGCCAACCAUAUUUGCCCGGAUGGUUUCUGUAAGAAUGGAGGCAGGUGUUCACCGGAUCCCGUCACUUAUGAUAGCACCUGCUCAUGUGAGAGUCCCUACUCAGGUGAUCGAUGUGAGAUCACAGACGUCUGGUCACCAUUGGUCAUUGCCAUGGUAGCAGUUGCCGCGGUGCUGUUGGUCGUCUUGGCUGGUCUGUUCAUCGCGUGUUGCUGCUUCCUGAGUAAACGUCUUGACGAGGAACCCAAGUAUCCGGGAAGUCGUGACGUGGAGCAACGCAAGACUUUUGUGCAGAUGUCGCGUCUUGCUCCUCAGCAUCAGGGAUCGGCUGUGGAUCCACCUCGCAACCCUAGAGGGCGCUCUAUCUCAACCAGCUUUGCUUCACACACUUCUCAGAUUGAUGCUGGAUCAGGAGUCUACAGGCGUAAUGAUGAUGAUAGCUCGGAUAUGGGAACCACCUCGUACCAGAACCAAGCAUUCGACAUCCCAUAUCUCGAGGAUGAAGAGCAGUUGACUAACCACCAAGACUUGGCCAGUCGUCUGCAGCAGAUUGAAAGGGAGAAUGGUUCGAUGGGUUACGAUUCAGUGGAUUUAGCCAACGACACACCGUCGCCUGACUACGAUGAUAGCGAUGUGUUCCCGGUCCACGAUCCGUUCUCUCAUUUGGAUCAUCGUAGGGAACAACUGCAAGUGCAGAGAGUGGGCUAUGCAAAUGAUAUGGUUCCUGAUUACCCACAAUCCUCCACCUUCAUGCGACCUUACAUGGCAACAGGUCAAGAGGCUAUGGAGCAUUAUUACAAUGACCCCUCAGAGCAGCGACGACUCGGCGAUAAUUACUUCUAGUUUAGUAGUUUUUAAAUUUGCAGAGUGUGCACACUUCUAAGCAAUCUCAUGAAGCCAUGAUAACAGGUGAAGCUGUGCUCAUAUGCCAAAUCAAUAUCUCAGGAACUUGCUGACAAAAUAAAAAGGAUUUUUUCUUAAUUCAUUGGAUUAAGAAAAAAUAUAAAAUUUCAUCAGGACAUUAAUUGCUAUUAUUCCUCUUCAAGAAUUUCCCACAUCCUGUUGCUUGAUUUGCUUAUUCAUCAUCUUUCUGUUUGAGAGUUCCUGUCAAAAUCUCUAAACUAGACUUGAUAUUAUGUUGUGCCCUAACUUUUUAACACUUUGAUAACGAGUUAAUGUUUUUAUAUCGUUACAGUUUUAAUUAUUUUUUUAUAUUUUAUGUUUGUAUGCUUUAAACAACCACGAAUUCAUAAUUUUAAAUUGAAGUGAAUUCUAGUUCCUUUUAGUUACUUGUUACACAUGGUGUUGCUACACCUGUACUUUUUGUUGGUGUAUGUUAUUUUUUUACUUGACAGCAACUGUCCUGCAAAUUUACCUCAAGAUUGUCUGUGAAUUCUCAUUGAACCACGAUUCAAUCACUGAUUUACAACUUCUAAAAUUUCUGGAAGGUUACGCCAACCAUCAAACUGAAUAUCAUUAUUUAAAUAGAUUUGAGAUCAAAGUUCAAUCUUUUUUUCUGGUUUUCAACUUAAACUUGAUGGAAGUCAUUAGAACUGAAAUUUUAAAUUUUGAGUAAAACCGUUGAAGAAAGUAAAAAAAAAGAACUUCAUGGACAUGUAUUUGAGGUGAUGUUGCAGCAUGUCGCUGGAGAAAGUUUAAACAUUUGUCAGAUAUUUACAGUACUAACAAUUUAUUGUGGAAUGUGGAGGAAAAAAGAAGAAAUGAUGUUGUUGGAAUUGUCACAUAUAUUGUUCGUUUUGGAUGAAAAUAUUUUAUAUAUUAAGUUCUGGGAUAAUGUAGCUUUUUAACAUUUGUAUGAACGCUAAAUUCUUGGUUGAAUUAGCUGAUUAAUAGGAACUAACAAUUUGUAAAUUUGUAGCAUUUGUUAAUUCAGUAUGAAUAUUUGUAUAUUUUUGUACUGUUUGUUAAAGCGUUUCACUUGUUUCAGAGCUAACCAAAAACAAGUUGAAUAUUUUGAUGUACUUUUUAAAUUAGCAUUUAUUUAUUUUUUUAAAUUAACAUUACUACUUAAGUUAAGUCAACCAUUCCUAUAUUGUAACGGUCUUAUUCACUUCGUAGUCUGCACUGUUUAGCAACCCAGGGCUUCGGAUCAAGUUCAACGUUUAAGCGGAAAAGUGGAAAACCACUAGUAACCGAUCACUUGCGACCUUUUGGUACUAUACAUUGUAGUUUUACCUGGGAAAACCCUUUUCAGGUUAGAUCAGUGUUGAUUAGGUGAUGUGCAUUUGGCUGUCCAAUUCCAUUUCGGGCAUGGUAACUUGGCAUUUGGUUUAUCAUUUGUUGAUAAUUGGGUCUUGCUAGCAAAGUUCCUUGAAAGAGAUUAAAUUCAAAAGAUGUGUUAAAUUUUGAAGGCAAAGCUUGUAUUUAAACGCAACUACGUCAAAAAUGGUACUAAUAUAUUUUUUUUUAAAGAUUUCAGGGAAUUUAGUCAAUGUGGACUCCUACGGAAUUUAGGCACAUUUGUCAGUUAACACUCGCAUCCACAUUGUGGUAUUGCCAGCAAAUAACUACAGUAUUUUUUUAUCAUGAAUUUUAGCAUCUUGAUAUAUUUUUUAAUCCAGAAUUUUGUAAUCACUAGUGCGGGAAUAAACAAGGUAUAAUCUUCAAUCAGA